CCCAACCCCGGAUACUGGGAUCCCGCGGCGUGACGCGAGCACGGCGGCUCCUCCUCCUGCGUCUCUGGCUGCGCCGGGCAGGGGGGAUGGUUCCAUCAUGGCGUCAAUGCAGAAACGACUGCAAAAAGAAUUAUUGGCUUUGCAAAAUGACCCUCCUCCAGGAAUGACUUUGAAUGAAAAGAGUGUUCAGAAUUCAAUUACACAGUGGAUUGUAGACAUGGAGGGUGCACCAGGUACUUUAUAUGAAGGGGAGAAAUUUCAACUUCUAUUUAAAUUUAGUAGUCGAUAUCCUUUUGACUCUCCUCAGGUCAUGUUUACUGGUGACAAUAUUCCUGUACAUCCUCAUGUUUAUAGCAAUGGUCAUAUCUGUUUAUCCAUUCUAACAGAAGAUUGGUCCCCAGCGCUCUCAGUGCAAUCAGUUUGUCUUAGCAUUAUUAGCAUGCUUUCCAGCUGCAAAGAAAAGAGGCGACCACCAGAUAAUUCUUUCUAUGUAAGAACAUGUAACAAGAAUCCAAAGAAAACAAAGUGGUGGUAUCAUGAUGAUACAUGUUGAUGCCACCACUAUGAACCUCCUAGCAGAAGAUAGCCCUACUGAGAAAAUGAGCACUUUGAUCAUUCAGUCUUUGAACUUUAACUUUUGACUGGAAGUGACCUAUAGGCAAUGAAGACUACUUCCUUUUCUGCAUUUUUACUCGUGUGCAUUCUGGGCACGUGUUGAUCGCUGGUUCAGUCCAGGCAACUGACAUGCUUUCUUAGUCAUACAGUAUUAAUGCAGGUGUCAGGAAAUGUCAAAAUAAUUCCAUUUUUUUAUUUUUAUUUUUUAAAGCUUUUGGAAAAUGUCCAGGGCCUCCAUGUAUUGUGCAAUAACAACGACUUCUUGGCAGUUUCAAGACGUUCAUUGCUGGCAAUGGACGUUGUUAACAGGAAAUGUUUUGCUCCUGCCAUCAAAUGAUAAAUGCAUGAAAGGGCCUAUGAAAUGAGUUUAUCAGUUAUAAUGGGAUUAUAAUAAAUAAAGUGAAGGAUCCAUCAUAACUUCGAAAGUCACCCCAACCAUUUAAUAUUUGGAUUCUAUGCACUGUGAUCCUAAGGUUAGCAGCAUGAAUUAACAUGCGUGUCUAUAAGACUGUAAUGAAAGAUCAUUGCAUAUUUAUUGAAUUGUUUAUAUGCUGUCAGAUUGUUUUGACAUGAAAGGUUUUCGAGUAACAUUGGCAGAGUGGUACAAUAUGUUAUCCCUAUGGUGAAAAUACAUUUGUUGUAUAUAGUUACUCAAUCUCUGAAGUAAAGGUAUGAGUAAUAUAGGGUAUGAAUGGUUUAAUCAAGGCUUUAUUUUGGAAGUAAGAAAAAGUGGCAGCAAUCAUUGAAUUGUUGCAGUCCAUAAUUGGGCUUAUAAUUUGUACAUUAAAAGCUUUUUCCAAGUAGAUUACACUCUGUUACUUCCUGCUAGCCAUCAGCAUGAGCCCUGCUGCCUUCACUAUUUCAUUUAUUUAUGUGUUUGAAAAAUCCAUACACCAUUUUGUUUGCGAUCUCAUUUCUUUUGUUAUAUUGUAAGUCAAGUUUGAAUGUUUCAAUAUUUUAAUUGAAAAACUUUGUCAGAAUAUUUUCUUGUAAAUUUUCUUUAUCUGUAAGCAUCAUCUUGUCUUUUAAUCCUGUACUAUAAAGAAAGAAAUACAUUUUUGACAGAGGCUUAAUGUUUUGACAAAAAAGUGUGGACAUUUUUAUUUAAGUUUAAACAACUAGAGUGUAAGAUUAUAUUUUUGCUUGUCUGUCUCACACAGUCCUAGGUACCCCUCUCUCUUUUUUUGUGGUGGUUCUUCAGAAGCCUUUGCAUUUAGAUGAUUUUUCUACAAAAAAAAAUGUUGAAAGAUAGAUUCAGUUGUUAUCAAUAUGUAAUUAAAUGAUAUUGCAACUAGGUUCUCUUUUAAGAAAGCACUUGAUGUAUUUUAUAAACUACCUUUGACACUUAUGCAAAAUCAGUUUCUACUACAAUGUUUUUACUAAUGCCUUAUUGUUGCACUCUGAAAAAAUAAACCCUAUGGUAAAUAUUUGCUUUAAUUUGGAACUUUAAAAAUGGUAAUUGGCUAAAAGUAUUGAAAUAUUAUCCCCAAAAAUACUAAUUCUGUAAUUGGCAAAAGGUGUUCUAAGUACUGUUUUUAAUCUGUGUAUAGUAAUGAUAUUUUGUAGCAUUGUACAUACUGUUAAUUACAUAAAACCUUGCACUUUUAAAAAGUGUAAUUGCUGAACUCAGGGGUGGGUAGACCGCAUAUUUUUGCUGUAGAGGUGUUGAAUUUUUACAAAAAAAUAUGGCCACCAAAUUAUGGCUGUUGUUAAUUUAGCAACACUGCUAGUUUGCAACUCUCACUUUUUCUAUUAAAAGUUUGCUUUAGGUCUCAUUUAACACUUAAAACUGUGUGGUGAAGCUAGAUGUACACACGUUCUCAAUGAUCUUUAUAAUACUUCAACCAGUUGGCCUGUUUAGAGCCAAUUAUUUUUAAUGCUUUGGAGCUACCAUAAUUUAGUUUUUAACUACUUUUAAUAUAAAGUUUUGCAGCUGUAAAUUAGUUAAAUUAUGUAUUUUCAUAUUUUAUCUGACCGCUUUGUAGUACUGGGUAACUUGACCCGUCACUUUUCCCAAAAUCUUUCCAUUCUGCUGGAUUCUCCCUCCUAUGUUAGAGAUAUCUCUUGUAAAAAUUAUUCACCAAAGGACUUAGCCUUGCUAUACUGUACAGAGUGAGAGGUAAUAUGUGGGCUCAUAGUAGCCUUUUGGUAUAAGCAAUGUUUAGGUAUGCUUCUCCACCUGUAGUCACCAUGGAAUAGUUUAAAGUGUAAAUAGGAAAAAAAGUUUUAAAUGACCCAGGCACAAAUGAAAACUAUGAUUUAAAGAAAGAAGAAUGUGGCAAAAUAUUUUUUUAAAAAUGGUAAAAAGCCAGCCACUCGUAAAAUAAUAUAUAGUGAUCUGGUUUAGAAUUUUAUUUUUCCUCAGAAUUUAAAAAUAUUUAAAGAGCAAAAACAUUAAUUUCUUUACAUCUUGUUUGCAAAUUUUGUUGUUGACAAGUUGGCUUCACAAAUUUUUUUGUAUUUACUGUAUUAUGAAAUGAACUGGUUUACUCACAUCACUGUCCUAAACUAGGACUAAAUAAUUGUUUUGUGGUGGAAAAGAAUAGUUACUAAUUUUAGUAAUUUAAUUGCCUAUUAUUUGGAAACUUCACAUCCAGAUGCUGUAAACAGAAUACCAAGAAAAUGUAUAUAAUGUUAAAGAAUGUGCUUCCCUCCCCUUUCCCCAUCUACUUCAAGAUAAAGGCACUAUUUGUUGCACAAGCCUUUAGAAAUAAUACUUUCUUAUUUAUCAUAUGUAUUUUUUUGGAAUUCUUCUAGAUUGCCAAAUACUUAGCUAGUGCUACUUUCAGCUUAUACAUUAUUUAUGCAUGCUUAAAUCAUGAGCAUGGUACCCUUUCAAAAAGCAUUUUAAAUAUGUCAAAUAGGCAUUAUUCCUAUUAGAUAGUAAAGGGUGAGGUUGCAUUCACCUUCCCAGGAAAGAAAACUUUUUUAGUAUAUUUUGGGGCUGUUCUAUAAGGAUGUAAUUUUUGCAACUAGAGGACCUUUUAUAAUAUGUCAGAAUAUAGAAAGCUACUUAUUUUCUCCUAGAAGAAAAGAUUGAGAUCUUAAGAAUGAUGUAAAUUCAUUUGGGGGGAAAUGUCUUCCAUUGUCUUAAAUAGAUCAAUAUUUGGCACAGAGAAUAACUAGAAUAUUUCAUGAGUAAUUCUUUGGGUUUUUUAUACCUGCAACAAAAUAUUUCCAAAGGUUGGUUGCCUAUAUUGGGCACAUACUCUUCAGAUUAUUAAAUAGGGACCUUAUGGCUGCAUAAUUGCUCCCAAGCCACACCAAAGAUAAUGGAAUCAUUGAAGUUAUUUGGAAGCAGACUGUCACUGUUCAUGUACAUUUUUAUUACAACUUGUUGCUGAUAUUCAAUUUUAAACACCUGUUUCCAAGAAUUAAGACAAAAUUUGUUGGAAUUUCUUGCUGAAAAUGGAAGAACUAAGGAGAGGUAAUGUUUGUUUAAUCUGUUUUAAAUAAAGAAUUCAGUGUCACUAGUCCUAAGUUUUUAUGAUUCCUGCUGCUUAUAUUUCUUGACUUUGAUUUUUAGUGGAUUUUAGUUUACUUUCUCCACCUUUGCUGAAUGCUAGAAAUUCAAUAUUAAAAAACAGUUUGGAUUUCCUUUACACAAUAUUUAUCUGGUAUUGGGGAAUGAAAAAUGUUAAGUGAAUUUUUCUGACAAAUGAAACCUGCCUAUGAUUUAAGUUUUUCUUAUUUGUGCUUAUUUUUGUUCAAGCCCAAUUGAUUACUAAAUUGUAACUCUUGUAGUCCCUUCAAUUUUUAUAGGCUUGUGUGAGCCUAUACUAACUGGCUUCAGGCUGCUUUGCUGUUUGAGUUCAUGUCCUCUUUUUGUAGGUUUUAUGUAUCCUCCCAGACUGUCAUGUCUUGCUACUCUUGGGUCUCAGUUUCCCCCUUCAAAUCAACUGUGUGGUCCAGAUAACGGAACUUGUGUGAAUCAAGUCUAAAAUGAUAUUAGCCUGUGAGUAAGAGCUUCUCUCAUGAGUGGACUGCAUAGGGUUUAUGUAGAAUG